UGUUUUGAUUAAGAAAAAAAGAAAAUCGAAAAAACAAUAAUAGAAAGAAUGUAUCUGUUGAGAGCCUUUUUUUUCCUGGCAUUCACUACAAUUACUUACGGUCAACCGAGCGAAGGUAAUGAAGAGAAAAGUUUCGCUAUUUCCUUGGCUAGUAUGAUACCGUUAUUGGAUAUUGAAAAGCAAUUAAUAGAAAUUCUUGAAAAUUAUGUCAAGAAAUUGGAAGAUAAAGUUGUCUUUUUAAAAGCUUUAAGUGAUGAAAUGAUUGAAGAAAAUCUUGAAUCGCUAAAAGAUCCAGAAGGCUACGUAUCGAAUCCUUUGAAUUCCUUUAGAUUGAUACGACGCUUGCAGCGCGAUUGGAUCAAUAUAGAAGCCUACAUUAUGACUCAGCAAGAGGAAAAUGAAUAUCUUGAAGCAAUGGCCGAACAUCACAGACAAAUGCCUACCUCAAUCGAUUUGGAAGAUGCCGUCAAGGGUAUAGAUCGCCUUCAAACUGUUUAUGAUUUAGAGAUUGACGCGAUGGCAAAUGGUAUUCUGAAUGGCAAACAAUACAAAUAUCGAUUGUCCUCUUUAGAUAGAUAUACAAUGGGUGUUCACUUGUUUGAUGAAAAACGUUAUCAAGAUGCUUUAUUUUGGUUAUAUUCCUCUUUAUUGUCUUACCAAGAUAAUAGCUUUAAUGCGAUAUUCGACUUUGAUAAAACUAAAAUUUUAGAAUUAUACGCCGAAAAUCUAUUGGAACUACAUAGACCAAAAGAUGCUUUAAUCGCUAUUAGUCGAGCAGCUGAAUUGAAUUUCUUCGAUGCAAGAAUUUUAAAGCGCAAAAAUGAUAUAGAUAUGUUGGCCAAAACGCAUAAAUUAGAUCCGUACGAGAAUUUCACGGAGCAAAGAGUUGGUGAGCCAACUAACUUCGAAUUAGGUUGUCGCGGCCAGUUCUCCAUCAUUCCUAGUAAACUUUAUUGUAUUUAUAAUACUACAACUACAGCGUUUUUGCGUUUGGCUCCAUUCAAAAUGGAAUUUUUAAGCCUAGAUCCCUACAUAGUGCUAUAUCAUGACGUUUUAACGGAUCGUGAAAUUGUAAUACUCAAGGAUUUGGUGAAACCUAAUUUGAAACGUGCCACAGUUUACGACAAACAGCGGCAAAAAAAUGCAAUAAAUAACGAAAGAAUCGCAAAAAGUUCAUGGUUACUUGAGGAUAGUAGCAAUAUCACGCUACGUAUUAUACAAAGACUCUCAGACAUGACCGGUUUCAAUACAUCCGGAUGGGAACCAAUGCAAAUUAUGAACUAUGGUCUAGGUGGUCACUUUAGAGAGCAUUUUGAUUUUUUCAAUCUGUCAGAGACUACCGAUUUCAUCGAUAUAAAUUCGCAAAAUGAUCGUCUAGCUACUAUACUUGUUUAUAUGAGUGAUGUAGAGCAGGGUGGUAGCACCAUAUUCCCAAGCAUUCGUACCGUUGUGUCUCCAAAGAAAGGUUCCGCAAUUGUUUGGUACAAUCUGGACAAUGCGUUAAAUGCGGAUUCGCGUACAUUGCACGGCAGUUGCCCGGUCUUAGCUGGUUCUAAAUGGGUUCUUACCAAAUGGGUUAAUUCGUUGCAUCAAACGUUUAGAAAGCCAUGUUAUCGUUAAGUUAGCUUCUAAUAUAUAUGUUUAAAAAAUCAAUAGAGAAAGCAGAGUUCAUUGUUUAUAAUCUUGCCCCCUUCUAUUCUAGGUUAAUGUAAUAAUAAUAAGAAUAAGAAAAUUCAUGUA